AUGGAAUAUGUGCUUGCCCCCCUGGUUGGAUACCUUGUAGUAACGGCAUCUGCACUGACAUUACUUCUGAUCCAAAUAACUGCGGAGAUUGUGUGUACUAAUCGUAUGACCUGUCAAAAUGGAAAAUGUGCUUGCCCCCCUGGUUGGAUACUUUGUAACGGCGUCUGCACUGACACUAAUGUCGACCCUGAUAACUGCGGAGCUUGUCGUCGCAAAUGUGAUCCUGCAUUAGAAUUAACGGGCUGUCAGAAAGGAAUUUGUAUGUGCCGGUUUGGUCCCUUUGAAUUGCCCCAAAACUUGACUUGA